AUUUAAAACGAGUUGUAAAGCCUAACUAGGAAUAUGACAGACUAAUAACUGACAAAUUAUUAUUUAAAUCAUGCUGUUUUUCUAAUUUCUAUCAUUUAUUAUGUUUUUACAUGAUUACCGAUAUGCUGUGGGCCUAUGUAAAUAGGCCUAAUUACAUAGAUGAAUAGAAAUGAGUCUUGGACAUGGAAGAUACGACACCUGGAGGGUGACCUAGCUAUUCUAUGCUAAAUCUACUUUAUUAAUGCACUCUUUUACGGUUGAUGUAUAAUUCUAGCUCAUAAAAAUGAAUUACAUUAGUAUUUCAACCUGGAGAAACCCAUGGGUUUUAAAAUAAGCAAAUCGUUAAUAUUGUACUAAUUAAAAUAUAAAUCACUUGCCAAUAUUUCCUCUGAAUAGACACGCAGAACAAAUAAUGAUAGCAGGAUUUAUCUGAUUUAGGCUAUAAAUAGAUGUCCAAAAUAUGGCUUGAGAUCCAAAUGUGCAAAAACUACAAAUCUGUAACAUAGAUUUAUUAUUUUCAUCAUCAUUGUUAUUAUUAUAAUCACAAUGUGGUAACUUAUGUUUAAAUAAUCAUAAUCAUUAUUAUAAAUAUUGUAUCAAUUUGUACUAAUAGCUAUGUAAUAACUAUUACAGUAUUUGUUCUAUUAUAGCCUAGACCACUUGUAUCUUGUUAUCUGAUUCAGGCGCGUUCAUAACGCAACAACACAUACAGUAGAAAAGUGCUAAUAUUGCUACCAGCUCCCACAGUCUCACGUCACAAUUAAACACAGCAGAAAGUGUUGCUGACAGACAGAGGGAAAGAGGUUGGAUAUUUCUCACGCAGGAGACGUGUGAGGCGCGUUCAGAGGGUUCUUGAGUCGCGUGGAAAUGAGAGAGUAAUUAGUUCAUUAGAAAACGGUCGACUAAACUCACCCCUGGAGUACCUGCAUUAGCCAAUCACAGCUCAGACAGCCACAGGGGUGGGGAGACGGCGUCUGAAGGAGUGAAACACUUGCUUUAGUUGGUUAAGUUGCUAUUAAACACCAAGACCCGGCUGUUAGUCAUCACAUGUGAUGUGAAUGCGCGGAUAGAGGACUACAGAAACCAAAUGGACACUCGGAAAGCAUUGCAAUUGAAUAUGUUGUUGAAUCAUUUUAUUUCCUAAUAAUUUAAGCUCUUCAGGGUUGUUCAGAGAAUAUUGUACCAAAACUGUUACAGAUAGGUGAUAGCGAGGGGGUGAGCUAAGCUAAGGAACCUGCUAUCCGAACACAUACUAAAAGUACCUUGUCUCAAUUGUAUUUAUCAUUGCUCUGACUUAUUUUGGUUACGAGAGGGUUGCACUGGCAUCCUCAGAGUGACUUUGAUCAAAACUGAAACAUUUAAAACAGAAGAUUGGAGUUGGAGCUGUAUGCGCUCUGACGCACAGAACAAGUGUACAUUGGCAGGUCUGACCUUUGAGCAGCUCGCGGCAGUUUUCCUGAUGAGAGUCGGAAUGGAAAAAUCGAAUAAUUUUCGAAUCGAUGCUCUGCUGGCCGACGAGACUCACCGGGCGAACCGAGACCUCUCCCCAGGUCUGAGCAGCGACAGCCCUGCGGGCAGCCCCGUGUCCUGUCGGCGAGCGGACACCCCGUCCCCGCGCAGGACGCCCAUCCAUCUUCAAACCGGGAUAAUCCCCAAACCGGGACUGCUGAACCUCCCUCACACAGGACUCGCAUCGCUACCCCAAAUGUACCCUGCCCCUAUGUACCCAAUAUCGGCUCUGGGUGGCCAGCACCCUGCCUUCGCCUACUCCGGCUUCACACACCUUACCCAGUCGUACCCAGACCACCUGAAGGCGGCUGCCAUGGCAGGGUCUCUCCCGCUGGAGCACUGGAUCCGGGCUGGAAUGAUGAUACCACGUCUUCCAGACUACAGUUCACCCCAGGCAGGACUCCUGGGGAAGUGUCGUAGGCCCCGGACGGCUUUCACCAGUCAGCAGCUCCUUGAACUGGAGAACCAAUUUAAACUCAACAAGUACCUGUCCAGACCCAAACGCUUUGAGGUGGCCACCUCUCUCAUGCUGACCGAAACACAGGUGAAGAUCUGGUUCCAGAACCGGCGGAUGAAGUGGAAGCGCAGCCGCAAGGCCAAGGAGCAGGCAUCUGCGUCUGCCCAGUCUGAGGCGGAGCGACUACGCACCGGGGGAAAACCGACCAAUGGCAAACCAGCUGAGAAUAGACGAGCUUCCACUCAGGACGACGAGGGAGAGCUAGACCUAGAAGAAGCAGAGGAGGAAGAGGAGGAAGAGGAGGAGGCGCCACACGAGUUUGCUGUUACCAUGGGUGGCGCUGUGGGGUUGCAGCGUUCAACAGACUUUCUGAAGCUCACAGCGGAGCUUGGUUACAACCCCCACAGUCCCUUCUCUGAGGACGACUUAGUGGGGGUGCCAGGGGGGGAUAGGAAGAUAGGUGCAGGGUUGUGAAAAGACAAAGACACACCCAGAAAGGAAAACGCCAGAGACACUGCUGCUUGACACUGGCUCUGGGAAAGUGGGUGUCUUCAGUGUAAAAAGAGAAAAAAAUGGAUGUGCCAUUUCAAAAGCCUAUGACAGUGUUUUUUGUGUACAUAAUGCUUAACGCAAUGUAAUGUUUCUGUGACCCUGACGGAGUUGUUUAAGGCAGUGGUUUCCAAACUGUGGGUCGCCCCCCCCC